AAAAAAAAAAAAAAAAAAAAAAAAAAAAAAAAAAAAACGUCUUCUUAGAAUCCAAGCGUCGUAUGGUUUAAGCUUCUCUCGACUUCUCCCAUCGAUCUCUUCUUCCUCCUCCGGCUUCAAGUCGCCGGAUUCGGAUUGUACUUGAUCUCCCGCUUCGCGAUUCCAAGCAGGAGGCAUAUAUGAUUGGUGUGAUUCUGGAUUUCCGGCGAUUUGUUGAGAUAUUUUGGAGUAUAUAGUAUUCAUAGGUUUUGGAGAUUGCUUAAAAUCAUAGGACUUUUGUUAGUCUGAGAUAAUUGGAGCUUGUUGGAGAUGGAUGAAGAGGCUUCUUCUUGGAUUAGGAGGACUAAGUUUUCUCAAACGGUUUCUCAUCGUCUUGAUUCCUCCAAGUUGUCCUCUCUCUCUUUUAAAUCUAACCAAGAGAAGCUCCCCGGACCCAAAACAACACCUUCCACAGCUGAUGUAUACGUUGUUGAUUCCGAAGUGCAGAUAAACCCUGUAACCAACAAGCAGAGGUCUGUUUCCCCCUCUCCUCAGACGCCUCUUCCUCAAGUCUUCAAGGAAGCCAAGUCUGAGCGUAAGAGAUUCUCUACUCCGCAUCCAAGAAGAAUUGACUCAGAGAAAGCAAUGAAGCCCAAGUUCUCCACCUUUGAGAAGCGAAGAUCGAUCAGUUUGCAGUCCCCAUCAGUUCCCAUCAGAGAUCUAAGCACUCUGAGAAUCCAGGAGAGGGUGAAGACACAGAGCAAGAAGGACAACACUGGAUGGUCUAAGCUUUUGAACAAUGGUGGUCGUAAGGUUAGCGCUUCGGAAGCUGCUGAAGAGUACCGUGUUGAUAUGUCGAAGCUCUUACUUGGGCUUAAGUUUGCUCACGGGUUACAUAGCAGGCUUUACCAUGGGAAGUAUGAAGAUAAAGCUGUUGCCGUGAAGCUUAUCACUGUCCCUGAUGAUGACGAGAAUGGAUGCUUGGGUGCUCGUUUAGAGAAACAGUUUACCAAGGAAGUCACCCUUUUGUCACGGUUGACCCAUCCUAAUGUUAUUAAGUUUGUGGGAGCGUAUAAAGAUCAUCCUGUAUAUUGUGUCCUCACUGAGUAUUUACCUGAAGGAUCAUUAAGAUCCUAUCUGCACAAGCCUGAGAACAGGUCUCUUCCUCUGAAAAAGCUGAUAGAGUUUGCUCUGGAUAUCGCAAGAGGAAUGGAAUAUAUUCAUUCACGACAUGUAGUUCACCGGGAUUUAAAGCCAGAAAACGUAUUGAUAGACGAAGACUUUCAACUGAAGAUUGCUGACUUUGGGAUUGCCUGCGAGGAGGAGUACUGUGAUAUGCUGGCGGAUGAUCCAGGGACUUAUAGGUGGAUGGCACCUGAGAUGAUAAAACGGAAACCUCAUGGGAGAAAGGCCGAUGUUUACAGCUUUGGACUUCUUUUAUGGGAAUUGGUAGCUGGAGCAACCCCGUAUGAGGACAUGAAUCCUAUUCAAGCUGCUUUUGCAGUAGUGGACAAGAACUUAAGGCCAGUUAUCCCGGGAGAUUGUCCAGCAGCCAUGAAGGCUCUGAUAGAGCGUUGUUGGUCGGUUGCACCGGAUAAGAGACCCGACUUCUGGCAGAUAGUGAAAGUGCUUGAACAGUUCGAGGCUUCGCUUGAACGUGAAGGGAACUUGAAUCUGGCUUCAAACAAGAUCUGCAAGGACCCUAGGAAAGGUCUGAAACAUUGGAUUCAAAAGCUUGGACCCGUCCACGGAGGCAGCAGCGGCAUUGGUGGCUCGGCUGUCUUGCCUAAGCCUAAAUUCGCUUGAGAGAUGUGUAAGAGUUCUCAUUUUGUAAAUUUUAUAUAUAUAAUACAAAAGGGUUUUGUGUUGUUUUGUGUCAUGUUGUUCUGUCCUGUCCUGUUUUUGAGGGUUGUGAUGUGAUAUUUCAUCUUCUCUGGAUGCUGUAUUGCUGUGUAAUGACGAUCAAACUAGGGAAUGGUUUGUGAUUUGAUGUUUAUGGGAUCCCAUAUACUAGUCAA